GAUGUUUACAGACAACAUCAAGACUCAAGACGGAGCAAAUCGGAAAAUUCGGACCAAAUCAUUGGUGACACGUGCCGAUCCAACUUCCAUGUGUUUCUAUGUUUCUACGUGUAUAUGCACCAUACCACAUCAAUAUCUCUAUAUAUCAACCUUAUAAUCCACGUUUCCCUCAAUCAUUACUUCACUCACUCCUUCUGCAAAUGCUUCAACGAACGGUAGUUUACACUCCGUAGGUUGAUAACCAGGAAACCCUGCGUGUUCACGGAUAUUCAAAGAUGCUUCAUUUUGUUCUUGUUUCUUUUGUGUUCUUCGCCUCUAUCAGAGAUGGGUCUGCAAGGAAAGGGAUCACUAGCUCUUUUGUUAGGUCAGAGUGGCCAUCUGUUGAUAUCCCACUUGAUCAUGAAGCAUUUGCAGUUCCAAAGGGUUAUAAUGCACCUCAACAAGUGCAUAUUACUCAAGGGGAUUAUGAAGGAAGAGCGGUAAUAGUCUCAUGGGUGACCCCAGAUGAACCAGGGUCCAGCCAUGUACAAUAUGGCACAUCAGAGAAAGAGUUUCAAACUAGUGCAAAAGGCACUGUUUCAAAUUACACUCUCGGCGAAUACAAGUCUGGUUACAUUCAUCAUUGUCUUGUUGAAGGCCUUGAGCAUGAUACCAAAUAUUACUACAGAAUUGGAAGUGGUGAUUCUUCUCGAGAAUUUUGGUUUGAAACACCUCCCAAAGUUGAACCAGAUGCCCCUUACAAAUUUGGGAUCAUUGGUGAUUUGGGGCAAACAUUUAAUUCUCUUUCCACUCUUGACCACUAUAUAGAGAGUAAAGCACAGACUGUUCUAUUUGUUGGAGAUCUGUCUUAUGCAGAUAGGUAUAAGUACAGUGAUGUUGGUUUACGGUGGGAUACAUGGGGCCGAUUCGUUGAAAAGAGUACAGCUUAUCAGCCAUGGAUAUGGAAUACUGGAAACCAUGAAAUAGAGUACUUUCCCUACAUGGGAGAAGUUGUUCCUUUCAAGUCCUAUCUUCAACGAUAUACUACUCCUUAUUUGGCGUCCAAUAGCAGCAGCCCCAUGUGGUACGCAAUCAGGCGCGCAUCUGCUCAUAUAAUUGUACUAUCAAGCUAUUCACCAUAUGUGAAGUAUACACCACAAUAUAAAUGGCUCGCUGAAGAGCUGACUCGGGUUGAUAGGGAAAAGACACCUUGGCUCAUUGUUCUCAUGCAUGUGCCGAUCUACAACUCUAAUGAAGCUCACUAUAUGGAAGGUGAAAGCAUGCGGGUGGUUUUCGAGAGCUGGUUCAUCAAGUAUAAGGUUGACGUGAUCUUUGCUGGCCACGUCCAUGCUUAUGAAAGAUCGUAUCGAAUCUCCAAUGUCGAUUACAACAUAACAAGUGGUGCCCGGUAUCCAGUAGCUGACAAAUCAGCUCCUGUGUACAUAACAGUUGGAGAUGGAGGAAAUCAAGAAGGUCUUGCUUCUAGGUUUUGGGAUCCUCAGCCAGAAUACUCUGCAUAUCGUGAAGCAAGCUAUGGACACUCCACAUUGGAGAUAAAAAACAGAACCCAUGCUAUCUACCACUGGAACCGCAAUGAUGAUGGCAAGAAAGUUGCAACUGAUUCAUUUGUAUUGCAUAACCAAUAUUGGAGAAACAAUAGGAGAAGAAGAAAGCUAAAGCAUUUUCUAUUGAAAGUUAUUGAAGAAGUUGCCAGCAGUUAAUAAGAAUUCAAAGCAAUCUCGUAUUUGACGUUCUGCAAAGAAUUAAAACGUGCCUCCUCAUAAAUAUAUGCUGCUCAAUAGUCUUCGAGUGAGUGAAAUGUUGGUUGUCAGAAAUGUUUCCAUGUACUGGCUUUUAUCUAUGUAUCGUUCAGUGCUAAUAAAAUAUUGAACUGAUAUGUAUGUAUUGGGAGAAAAAUGCUUCAGACCAAGAUAUUCCUUAUUAUUAAGGAUAAUGAUGGCCAAGUUGCUUGUUCAA